CACAAUGUCUGUCUUCAAUAGCUCUGCCCUGUACCCUCGCUUUCUCCUGACAGGCCUCUCAGGCCUUGAAAGCAGAUACAGCUUGAUUUCCAUCCCCAUCUUCUUGGUGUAUGCCACCUCAAUUGCAGGAAACAUCACGAUCCUACUUAUCAUCAGAACUGAGCCUUCCCUCCACCAACCAAUGUACUACUUUCUAUCAAUGCUGGCACUUACUGACCUGGGCCUAUCUACUACAACCUUGCCUACGAUGUUCAGCAUUUUCUGGUUCCAUGCCCGGGAGAUCUCUUUUAAUGCCUGUCUGGUCCAGAUGUACUUCAUUCAUGUUUUCUCAAUUAUUGAGUCAGCUGUGCUGUUGGCCAUGGCCUUUGACCGCUUUGUAGCAAUCCGAGAGCCCCUGCGCUAUGUGGCCAUUCUAACCAAUGGUGUGAUCACUGGGAUUGGGUUGGCAAUUGCUGGAAGGGCCUUGGCUCUGGUCUUUCCAGCUUCCUUUCUCCUAAAGAGGCUUCAAUAUCGUUCUGUCAAUAUUCUCUCUUACCCAUUCUGCCUGCACCAGGACCUUAUAAAGACAACUGUAUCCAGCCGUCGGGUCAGCAGCAUCUAUGGCCUCAUGGUGGUCAUCUGCUCCAUGGGACUUGAUUCAGUGCUCCUUCUCCUCUCCUAUAUCCUCAUCCUUGGCACAGUAUUGAAUAUAGCCUCCAAGACAGAGAGGGUGAAAGCCCUCAACACCUGCAUCUCCCACAUCUGUGCUGUGCUCACUUUCUAUACACCAAUGAUUGGGCUAUCUAUGAUCCAUCGCUAUGGGCAGAAUGUGUCCCCAAUUGUCCAUGUGCUCAUGGCCAAUGUCUACUUGCUGGUCCCACCCCUCAUGAACCCCAUUGUCUACAGUGUCAAGACCAAGCAGAUUCGGGAUAGAAUCCUCAAGAAAUUCAAGCAACAGAAAUUUUAGGUGAAAGAGACUCUAAAAUAUAACUUCCUUCCCAGUCCU